AUUUUUCUUCUACCAUAUUGUCUUCUUCUUUCUCUAGAGAUUUACAGACCUUUUUUGCUUUUCCUUUUUCUUUUCAAAUUUGUUGGAGAUUUGUUUAUACUCAUUGACAGUGAAACAAGUGUGCUUUUUUGUCUGCUUCUCUGUGACCCUCUUUUACUCUCUACACAUUCCUCUUCACCUGUCUUCAUCUUGCACGCGCCUCUGUUCUCUCUCUCUCUCUCUCUCUCUCUGAACCAACAUAGAUUCAUCCAUGGCUUUCUUGUACUGUGCCAACACAUCUCUGAUCCAUCAGGGUAAGAAUCUCUGCCUCCCUGCAACUUCUGCCUUCUCCUGAGAGAGCCUACUUUCAUUAUCUACUGUUUGUUUUUUCUGGGCACCACCUGUUUGUUGUUUUUCCCCACUCGAAUUUUUCCUCAGUUUUGAAAUUGGGUUGAGUUGGAGAUACCCUUUGGAAGAUGAAGGACUUUCCUUCCUGUUUCGGUGAAAAUGCAGUUCAGGUUGCAGAUUCUUCCUCUUCAAAUGCCUCUAAAACUGCACAGAAUCUGGUUAUUUGUGUUUACCAGUGCAGGAUUAGAGGCAGGUCCUGCUUGAUAACCAUUACCUGGAGCAAGAGCUUGAUGGGGCAAGGACUCAGUGUUGGGAUCGAUGAUGCUUCAAACCAGUGUCUGUGUAAGGUGGAUGUGAAACCAUGGGUGUUUUCAAGGAGAAAGGGUAGUAAGAGUCUUGAGGCUAAUUCAUGUAAGAUUGAUGUGUAUUGGGACCUUUCUUCUGCUAGAUUUGGUGCUGGACCUGAACCAUUGGAGGGUUUUUAUGUUGGUGUUGUUGUAGAUCGACAAAUGGUUCUUCUCCUUGGAGAUUUGAGGAAAGAGGCUUUUAAGAAAUCCAGUGCUAUCCCUUUACCUGGAAAUGCUGUUUUUGUUGCUAAGAAAGAGCAUGUGUUUGGUAAGAAAUUGUUUGGUAACAAGGCUGUGUUUUGUGACAAUGGUCAGGUCCAUGAUCUUGUCAUAGAGUGUGAUACUUCAAGUUCCUCUGAUCCGUGUCUUGUGAUUCGCAUAGACAGCAAAACUGUGAUGCAGGUGAAGAGGCUGAAAUGGAAGUUCAGGGGAAACCACACCAUUCUUGUGGAUGGUCUUGCAGUGGAAGUGUUCUGGGAUGUCUACAAUUGGCUCUUUGGUGCAUCAUCUCUUGGUAAUGCUGUGUUUAUGUUCAGAACAUGCUUGUCUGAGGAAAAAAUGUGGGCUUCUCAAAACCUUUCUGAUGCAAAUGUGUUGCAGUGGUCUUUUUCUCAGAGGUUUCCUGAGUCCAAGUCGCAAGGUCUUGGUUUCUCGCAUGUUUUGUAUGCUUGGAAGAAUGAGUAGAGUUUUGGAAAUCCACAAUCAUCAUCAUCAUCAUCUAUUGAAUACUAACUGAUCUUUUAGUGAGUUGCGAUUUAUCAAGAAUGUGAUUGAACUACACUUGAUUAAAGAUGAGAACUUUUGUUUGUGUUGGUUCCUUUCUCAAAUUCAUACCCUCAAUACAUCUGUGCAUUUGAACAGAUCGUAGACAUUUUUUCCCCCAUUUGGCUGUAUAUUUAAUUUAUCUUCAAAUGUUAAUUCCAUGAUCCAUAUUACAUGUCUUAA